AUGUUUUCCAACGACAUGAUUGAAAUGGCCCCGAGGCAGUGGAGCCGAAGAGGCAUGUUUAUCCGAGACGGACAGGUUUGCUCAGAAGACUAUCGUCUAACCAAUCUAGGAGCAGAGGUUCACUAUGUUAAUAUACAGUUCGACGAGUUUGAUACUUGUCUAACUGAUCAAGAGCUAAUGAAAACAGCAAUUCACAUGAUCCAGCAAAGAUAUGCCGAAAUUACAGACUGCAGCCACCACCGCGGUUAUGCAUGGUAUAUAUCGUUCCCCGUCAUCAAGGGCCCCGGCUAUGAACUCGACUACAACGACGUCUACGAGACCGCAGAAGCCUAUGCACGGCGGACUCUGCAAGGUAUCAUUCAUGGCUCGGUUUCUAUCAAUCGGCUUUACUUCAACUUUGGAUAUAAGGAUACUGACUGGCUGUAG